GCUGUAGCCUUUACAGCCUCUUCGUUUCCGCAAAUCCUUUACACCACCAUCCUAAAUCUCAUCAUUCGAAACAUCAUAAUCCACAUAAACAUAAACCACAUAAUCACCCAGCACCUAAACCUCGAACUCCAAUAUCCUCACCAAUAAUCAACAACAUCUUCGAUACCUUCACAGCAUUGCCCGAAAAUCCAAGAGGUGUGACUCGUCAUUUUGAAUUCAGAUUGGUGAAGGCUAACUUGGCGGUAGAUGGCGUCACUCGUGCCGUGUGGACAGUGAAUGGACAGUAUCCCGGCCCAGUGAUCUCCGGGAAUAUUGGAGACACGUUUGCGAUCCAUGUGGUGAACGAAUUAGGAGAGCCGUCCGGAAUGCAUUGGCACGGUCUCGACCAAGAUGGCACCAACUGGUACGACGGAGUUCCCGGGAUUACCCAGUGUCCAAUCAAAAACGGGAAAAGCCUUUCGUACGUGUUCAACCUUACACAAUCCGGAACGUACUGGUACCACUCUCACUUCAUGGCACAAUAUGUUGACGGAUUGAGGGGUCCCAUCGUUAUCUUCGAUCCGAAUGAUCCCUACAAACAUGAUUAUGAUUCCGAAUACGUGAUGUCAGUUGCCGAUUGGUAUCACACGCCAACUGAGGAUCCAGGAAUGCUGCCGUUAUUCCGUGAUGUAAACUAUCAGGGAGGCGAUCCCGUUCCAGAUUCCGGUGAAAUCAGCGGCGUAGGACAAUAUAGAUGUACGAUCCCGAAAUGUAAACCCAAGAAGUUCGCCACCUAUAAAGUCAAAAGGGGACACAGAUAUCGAUUUAGGUUGAUCAACUUCAGCGCCAUGUCUCAUUUCACCGUCUCCUUUGAUCAACACCCACUCAAGGUUAUUGAAGUCGACGGAACGAUGAUCGAGCCUUACACCGUCACCUCACUUCCAAUCAACAUUGCCCAACGAUAUUCGGUGAUCGUUGAAAUGAAUCAACCGAUUGGCAAUUAUUUCAUUCGAGCAACUAUUUCCGAUUGUAGUGUGGGUGGAGGACCAGGGACGAUCAAUGGCAAUAGCCCGUUACUUAAUAAUAAGCAGAUCACCGGAAUCCUUAGAUACGAGGGUGCACCAUCAUCCAUACCCAAGAGCAAAGCGUAUCACACCAAGACACCGGAUUGCUUGGAUCCUGAUUCUAGUAAUCCUAGAAACUUGAGACCGAUAAAUUUGAAGAAAAAAGUGCCGACCAACAAGAAUAUCCAUACCAUAAAACUUACCGUUGCCAUCGCUUUUAACCCACAGCUGGAAGCGACGAUCAAUGGAAAUUCAUUCGCCGUGAACUUUAAGAACCCAUCUUAUCAGAAAGUUUUAUCUGGCAGUAAAUUUGUUCCCACUGAUAAUGCAUUCACUUAUCAUGGAUUGAAUAAACCGCACGGUCACUCGUUUUGGGUGGUUGCCCGAGGAGGAACGGGUAGUUCUACUAAACCCCUAAGUUCUCUAAAGUACAAUUUUGAAAAUCCACUCUACCGUGAUACAUUAACCCUUGAGGAGUUCAGUCUAACGGCGAUCAUGUACUACGCGGACAAUCCGGGAGUCUGGUUGUUCCACUGUCACAUCGAGUGGCACGUGGAAAUGGGAAUGGUCGCUCAGUUGGUGGAGGUUCCAGAAGUCUUCAAAACCUACAAAAUUCCUCGUAGUGUGACCGAUAUGUGCAAAUAA